AUGCUCCAACGAGUAUAUCUCGCCCUCAAACUCGCCGGCCUCGUGCUUUCUCUGAGGUGUCAACAACUAACACACAUAAUCGCUGCCAAAAUCCAUCGCCUCACAUACAAAGCCGUUGACCACCCCAAGAAUGUGGUCGUGGUCGGAGGGUCCUUUGCGGGCUUCUUCCUUGCCAAGCACCUUGCUGAGUCGCUGCCCACAGGCUGGAGAGUGAUUUUGAUAGAGAAGAAAUCGCACUACCAUUUCACCUGGAAUUUCCCUCGGAUCUCUGUUGUGCCUGGUCACGAUACCAAAGCCUUUGUCCCCUACCCGAGACAACUUUCAACAGCUCCAGAUGGCGUCUAUCAGUUCCGGCAGGCCAAUGUCAUCGCGAUUGAUCUGCAGAAGGUGACUCUGGCAGACGGAGCAACCAUCGACUACGAGUACCUAGCUAUCGCGACUGGUUCGCAGGCUAGAUAUCCGGCGAAGCUCGAUGCGAAUGAGAAGGGCGAAUGUAUCCAUUUCUUCCAGGACCAACAACGACGAGUUGCAGCCGCCAAGGACAUUGUGGUCGUCGGGGGUGGAGCAGCAGGGGUCGAGGUCGCCGGCGACAUCAAGACCAAAUACCCCGACAAGAAUGUCACAUUGGUCCAUUCUCGGGAUCAUCUGCUGAACAAUUUUGGCCAAGGGCUCCACGAUAUUGCUAAGAAAGCUCUGGAGGAGAUGGGUGUGCAUCUUUACCUGGGUGAACGGGUGGUGUCAGGCUUAGAUUCCGAGCCACCCACCCAGGUCACUCUACGCAGCGGCAAAGCCCUGCAGUGUGACCACUUGAUCAAAUGCACAGGACAGUCAGCACAGUCCAGCCUCAUCAAGCAAUUCUCGCCGGCCUCCGUCGCUCCAUCUGGCGCAAUCCUGAUUGAGAAAACGUUGCAGAUGAAGAACGCUCCGUCUCCUAGAGUCUUCGCCCUUGGGGACGUUAUUGAUGUGCCUGGGCCAAAGAUGGGCCGUGCUGCCUCUGUCCAGGGAUUCCACGUUGCAGACAAUAUUGUGCGCUCAAUCAAGCAUAAGCCCUUGAAAGAAUACAAGCCCACGCUCAUAGACACCUCCAUCGAUUUGACCUUGGGGUUGGGAAAGAAUGUCAUGUAUAUUGACGACUUCGGUAGAAGGGACACGUCGUUCAAUUCGAAGACAACCGAAGAGCUGCAUGCGGCCAGAGCUUGGGAAGUCAUGGGCAUGAAACCGUACCAUGAUCCAGCGGAGGAGGAGGCGGCGGCCCUGAAGCCCAGUGCUUGA